AUGGUGUUGGCAUUGGCGGUUUCGCUGCUGCUGCUGCUGCUUCUGUUGGAUAUUGAGGGUCUUCAGCACGUUUCUGUGGCCACUGGCACGACACCGGAGGGGUGGACUGAGGUUUUAAGGUCAAGGUGUUUGCAUUAUCAUUUUGAUGGUAUGGGUGAUAAUUGUCGUGGUGAUCGGGAUGAACUGAAGGUUGCCUAG